CAAAUUUUGUGCAAAAUAUUAUGUAUGGGAUGUACGUAUUACAUGUCUGCAGUUGUGGGGCCACAACAUGUAGCAAACCGCAUGGGCCAAAAGAGAGGAAAAUUCUCCGUAAAGGACACUUGACCACAGUAAGCGUGUAAGUAUUUAGGCGUAAAUAAAUACCUACAUACGCAUUAAUGGAUGGGAAAACUUUCCCAGUUUUUGGAAUUGUUGUCAAUCAUGAACAUCCAGUCGAGACUAUGAAGUCUUCAUAACUUGUUAAACUUGAAAAAAAGUAUAUUUCGUCAAUUGGUCAAUGGUUUGACCAGUUGUAUAUGGUUCAAAUAAUCACAUAAAUUCGCUAACUUGAUUAAUCAAUUAGUGCGAUACUUGUACAAAAUGCUGGCUCAAGGGAGGAUGAUAUUUCUGCUAACGAGUGCAGGUGUGGUUUCAUCGCAGCAAGUAGAAUCCCCCACCGUUCGCCAGAAGAACGUUCAAAAUACCGAGUAUGACGACAGUGCAACUUCUGUGAUCGUGAUUAUGGGAUUUCUUGCCGUGAUUUUGAUCCUGUCAGGCAUCGGGAUUGGGUGCAGUUACCUCUGUUAUCGUAGGAGUGAGAGGAAAGCGUUGUCCACGACGCGUGCCCUUGUGUUGGGGUCACGAUCCGAGUCCAGUACGACGGAAGCUGGUCCACCACACCAUCACCACCUCCCCCCUCGCGUCGUUCCGAAUUGGUACGGACCUGCCCCUGACGAAGCGAGAUUUUUCAACCCCAACAAUAAUAGCAGUCCACUAGAGAGACGCCACCUGUUAUUCGCAUCGCCACCACCGCCAGUACCCCCACGAACACCGAGUUGACGAAAUGAGUAGCCACAUAUUUAUGUAU